GACCCCUGCGUGAUUCCACCCCACUAAACCUCGAUAAGUCUAGUCUGAAAUCUUAUCAACUAUCAAUCGCAAGCUUGUGAAAAAUAAAAAAUUACCUCCAUCAAUAUCGAAAACCGCAAUCCUCUAUUAAAUUUCAUCACCUCUCCUCAGCUACACCACCCUUUCUCUCUCCCAACCACCACCACCACAACACAUAAUCAAAAUGCCUAAAUCCAAGCGCGCGCGCGUCGUUCAUCUCACCAAAGUCGAUAAGAAAGGAAAGGAGCUUUCGCUCAAACUCUUUGCCAAUGUGCGCGAAUCGCUCGAUAGUUAUCAGCAUUGUUUUGUGUUUAGUGUGGAUAAUAUGAGAAAUACCUAUUUGAAAGAUGUCAGGAAUGAAUUGAGCGAUUGCCGACUCUUCUUUGGAAAAACAAAAGUAAUGGCCAAAGCCCUCGGCAGCGACCCCUCCUCCGAAUAUCAACCCAACACCUCCCUCCUCUCUCCUCAUUUAGUCGGCAACGUUGGACUUCUCUUCACCAACCGCGAACCCUCCUCCAUCAUCACUUUCUUCCAAGAUCUCUCCAAAACAGAUUUCGCUCGUGCCGGCACAGAAGCUAGCAGAAACUUCACUAUUCCCGCAGGAAUAGUCUACAGUAUGGGAGGAGAGAUUUCCGCUGAGAACGAUGUCCCCAUGGCGCACAGUUUGGAACCAGAAUUGAGAAGAUUGAAUGUACCGACUACCUUGACCAAAGGAAAGAUUACUUUGGAGAAUCCUUACUGUGUUUGUAAUGAAGGUGAUGUAUUGGACAGUAGGCAAACAAGAUUAUUGAAGUUGUUUGGUGUGGCUACUGCAGAUUUCAGUGUUCAAUUGCUUGCAUACUGGAGUGCAUCCAAUCAAGAAGUAACAGAAAUAGAGGCUACGGAAAUGAGCGAGUAAAAAUAUUAAAGAAAGCAAAAAAGGCAUUUCGGAUCGUCGUUUCUGUUCUAAACUAUCAUACAGUCAAAAGAAGACUAGACUAUGAGGCGUUUACCGGCGCCACGUUUUUGUUAUGGAAUAUAUGUGUACUUCAAAAAUUAAAACAGCAAUUGCCUGAGUGCUAUGCCUGAGCUAUCCAUCUUACCCCUUGAACUUCAUUUUUCCUUCUUUGAUCAUACAAACAGUAUUCCCAGCUAAAUGACAAAUUUGCAAAAGCACUAAACGAUGAUGGUCAGGCAAUACCUUUUUCUUACCUCUGAUCGUGCCUCCCAUGAUCAAAGUAAGCCCCAAAUGCGUAAAAGGAAAACCAACCACAUCAUACCAAACCAUUCAAGAGAAAUGUCCGAUUGCUGAGUGCCGAAAAUGUUGUAAAGACCUUUGUAACA